CACAAAUAACGUUUUCCCCCCUUCAAUGACGUCACCUCCCGGUAGACGCACUCGACUCUCUGGCAGAAACGCUUGUUCACUGCGGUGGAAAAGCAAACGUAAGGAAGACGAAUUGCCCUCAACAGAAACCAAUCUAAUUUAGGCACUGCCCUGCAAGGCUGAGAGAUGAAUCCAGACCAGCCACCCCCAUACCCAGGCCCAUCAGCUCCAGUUUAUCCUGCCCAAGGCCAACUUCCUCAUGACUAUCCGCCUCAGGGUUAUCCUGCCCAGGGGUACCCCGUAAACAUGCAGCAGCCUAAUGCAAAUUACCCCAGCUACCCUCCCGGCCCAGUGGGAGCUGGAGGCCCCUAUCCAGGGCAGGGACAGCCACCUUAUCAAGGUUAUCCUGGACAACCACAAUACGGCUGGCAGGGUGGGCCUCCACCCGGACCCAUGUAUGGAGAACCUCCUAAAAACACAGUGUACAUGGUGGAGGACAGAAGAAGAGACGACUCUUCCUCAGAGACGUGCCUGACAGCCUGCUGGACAGCCCUAUGUUGCUGUUGUCUCUGGGACAUGCUGACAUAAUGGUUCCCAGCACCUUCAUUACACUCCCCCCUGCUCCCUACGUAUUUCUGUGUGCCUCAAAACACUAGCAUCCCUUCUUCCCAGUUGGCCUUAAAUCUUGUGUCCCCUCUUCAUUUUGCCUUCAUUUCUUUGAACACCGUGCUUAUAAUGCAAACUUUUUUUCCCCCCAGUGAAUGUCAAUGUGAAGUCCUUAGCACCAACUGACUAAGCGACCGACUAUUAUCAGGGGCGGCCUUUGGAGCAGCUUGUAAUUGAGCUUCAUUAUCUGUCCUGAGCAUACAUUUAGAUAAAAAAAAAAGUCCUUACAGAAAAAGAACUCUUGGUUUUUGAUUGUUGUGCGUAAAGAUGACAGCAAUGUCAGAACAUUCUGAAUAAGACAGACCUACAAGAACGUGGAAGCAACAUCACAUGCAUGCUAGGCUAGUUAGUUGUUGAUGUCUCACAGUGGCAGAAGCUUCUCUUAAAUAUAUUUACUCUUUGCUGGAGAAGCAUUAUAAGCACACAUCAAAUACUACAACAGCCCUGUGCUCUGCCUUUGCUGUGUUGGUUGUGACAUACUGAAAGAACAUUGACAAGCAUGCAUGUACAUUUUAAUCUGUAUUUACACUGAAACACUAACUUCCACUUGAAAGUGUUUUUAAAGGUCUGAGCUUGCAGGCUCUGAAAAGUCAAAACACUGUCUUUUGCAGAUAAGAAUGGCAUAGGGUAAAUUGCACUUGAUCACUGUCGUUUUGAAAUUGUCCCACACUACCCCGUGUUACGGGAAAGAAUGCACAGAGCAACUAUAACAGACA